AUAAGAGUCAAACCCCACAGAACCUACCACUGUAGUUCUUUUAUGGCUGGUUAUGACACCUACAUAAGAGUCAAAACCUACAUGGUGGAAAAACGAAUGGAACCAUUUCCCUGUUUGACAGCUGAGAUUUAUGGGUAUUGUGACUCAUACUGUGGUAAUCUAUGGAGUUGGAAAGAGCAGAAACAGAUCUGGGACCAGAUUAGGCAACUAUAAAGUUACAACUACAGUAUACAGUUACAUUUCAAAAUGCAGUUUUAUUUGUUCAUUUUUAACCUUUUUUUUCUCAGAAGGAGACUUCUAUGUGUCCAACACAUUUCAUUUUAUCCAAAGAUGUGGCCUAUCUUAUGAUUCUGGCAAGCAGCCAAGGUUGAACAGCCGAUACCCAAUCAAAAUUCCGAUUUAGCCUAUCCUGAGUAGAAUAAUGUUUGCCUAGCAACAUUCUCUCAUUGGCUAGAAUUGAGUACGUGCUGGGAAAAUGAAACUUAACAGAAUGUAAACUGCAGCACAAUGGUAUUGUAAGGUGCAGCACUUUAGUUUUGCAUGAGUUUUAGACCAUUCCAUUGGUUCGAGGUAAAUCUCCACCCACCUGGGGCAUCUAGCUAUGCAAAACCAGCAGGACCACUGCUUCAGCUCUCUCAGUGACAACAGGGGACAACAAUAUACAGAUCCGUGCAACACUAAAAUGGUAGUAAUGGCACGAGGAAGAGGAAGGACUCUGAAGAUUCUGUUCCUGUUGACACUCUGUCUGCAAGACUUCACUGGUCAAUGCCAAGUUUCAGGGCAUCCUUCUGAUCUGAGGAUAGUUCUGGUGGGGAAGACUGGAUCAGGGAAGAGUGCAACAGGAAACACCAUCCUGGGGAGGGAGGGGUUUAAAGUGGAGGCUUCUCCAGUGUCUGUGACUGCACAGAGUGAGAAACAGAGUGGAGUGGUGGAUGGGAGGAACAUUGAUGUCAUCGACACCCCAGGGCUCUAUGACACAACAAUGUCUCAAGAAGAGAUGAAAAGUGAAAUAGAAAAGGCCAUCUACAUGUCAGUCCCAGGACCUCAUGCCUUCCUGCUGGUGAUCAGACUGGGGAGGUUCACAGAGGAGGAGAGGAACACGGUGACGUGGAUCCAGGAGAGCUUUGGAGAAGAAGCCUCAAUGUACACCAUCUUGCUGUUCACUCAUGGAGAUCAACUGAAGGGGAAAUCAGUAGAGGAGUUUCUGGCUAAGAGCAAAGAGCUACAGAAACUCAUCAAUAUCUGUGGAGGCAGAUAUCACUCCCUAAACAAUGACAAGAGAGAAGACAGUCAGGUCCCAGAGCUGCUGAAGAAGAUAGAGGAGAUGGUGAAGAAGAAUGGAGGAAAACACUACACCAACAAGAUGUACCAGGAGGCCCAGAGGAAGAUCGAAGAGGAGGAGGAGAGGGAGAGACAGGAAAAGGAGAAGAGAGAGAGAGAGAGGAGACAGGAGGAGGAGAAGAGAGACAGAGAGAGGAGACAGGAAGAGGAAGAAAGAAGAAGAAGAGAAGAGAAAUUGAAUGAGUGCAAGUGGUCAGCACUUGCCAGUUCGGCUGUAUUGGGGUUGGGAGCCAUGUACAAUCCAUUCUCCAUUGCAGCAGGGGCUGUAUUAGCCGCUGCUAAAGGUGUUGACUGCCUGCACACCUAUUUCAAAUCAGGUAGUUCCAACUCAGAAGACCAGAAGGAAUAAAAUCCACAUCCACCAUCUCAAAUUGUUUUGAAAUUAAGAUUAAUUAUUGAGUUAUAUAAUAUAAAUAUAAUUUGAUCUCUGAGAAUUUAAGCAAAUUUAUUGCACCCAAAUUGGACAUUUUAAUUGCUAGUAUUCAUAUACUUUUCAAUAAAUAUAGUACCAAACAUCU